UGGAAAUAAUUUAAAACUUAUAUUAAAAAAUACCAUUUUAUUCACGUACUGUAUAUAAAACAAUGAGCUUAAUAAGUGAAGUUAUGCUAGAGGCAGAUAAAGUCAACACAAAGGAUUUGAAUAAGUGCCGUGAUGAACUUGUUCCUAAAUUGAAGGACCUUACAGAAAGGAUUCAAAUGUUAACAUGGUCUUUACAUCAGAAUUUCAUAGAUACGUAUUUAAGUUUCACACCUACAAAGAGUUUAGAACAAUUAAACUACAAAAAUCGGAAAGCUAACAUAAUAGCGGAUUUCGAAAAAUUCCAAGAAGAUCUAAAGCUUUUAAACGGAAAUUUCGAAAAAGAAGAGACAAUGGAAGAAUUCGAAAAUAAUUGUAAGAAAUUAGAUACAUCAUUGAACAGCUUUUACAAUUUAUGCACUGUGGUCGAAGGUAAAAUAAUAUUGGAUAAGGCGAAUCAUGAAUUUGGGAGGUAUAAUUACUCUGAAGCUAUGAUUAGCGUGAAAGAAUUACAAAAAAAAUUACGUUCAUUAAAAUUCGAGGGAAAUGGCGCAAAGGCACUAGCUAAUCUUAAUUCUCAAGCUGAGAGUCAACUGGCUCUUUAUACUGCUCAGUUAAGCAUAGAAAUGGAAGAUAUAUUUACCUGGUCACAAAAAAGAGGUAGUAAUUUCCUCACAUACUCACUAUCUGUACAACAAAGUGAUCCAAAUCUAAUACAGAAGAUAUUGAAAUCCUUGUAUAUCACAGAAAGGAUGAAUGCAGAGCUCGCCUUGUUUUCACACUUCUUUAUAGAUAAACUACUUCAUAAUGUCAUAAGGCACAACUGUGAAAUAUUUACAGAAGACCACAUAGGGGCAUUAGUAUUUAACAUAAAAAUAGAUUUGAAUGAACGUAAAAAACCCAAUUUCCAAACUAUAUUCAAUAAUUUGACUGCAAUUUUUGAAUUUUUACAAUCAACGUUGGGUUCCCAAUUUGAAGCUGAUAAAACAUUUAUACAAGUGUUUGCUGACAAUAUUCAUGAUAAAUUUUUUAAUAAAAUAAUUGAGGACUGCAUAAGGAGUAAUUUGCCAUCCUGUGAUGGUAGUUACCAGAAUUACAAAAACAUUGUCAUUGAGUUGGAUUCUUUUAAUAAAUUUUUAGUUGAGCUUAGGUUUGUUGAAGCGGAAAAUUCUCCUCUUAAUAAAUAUAUUAAUGACACUGAAUGUGUUUUAUAUAAUAAAAAAUGUGAUAAGUUACUUUCCGAUGUGCGAAACUUAUUGAAUCAGAGUUUAUCAUAUGGAACUAUAGUUGUGGGAUCUAAUUUUGAUGUACAGAAUGAAUCCUUAUUAGAUGUCACACAAAAAGAUGUAGUGUAUGACCUAAAUAACCCACUGUUUAUGCCGAAAUGUGUAAUCUCACAGAAUGUGAAAAGAAUCAUGUCUAUGAUUGUUGAGCACUUGGAGGAAAGUGUUAAGCUGCCAGAGAAGUAUAGCAACCAACUUGUUAUGUACAUAAAGGACAUAGCAGUUAUGUAUCAAUGUAUUGUACCUAAGAAGUUUAAAAUUAACUUGGAAUGCUGCCCAUUGGAUAUUGCAUUAUUUUUCAACAACUGCUUCUACCUGGCGCAUAGCCUCCUGGGUCCUCCUUGGAGGAAUAGCAUGCCAGCGCCCAUAGCAGAGCUCCUAAACAGUACACUCCUGGAGUGCAUUCAGGACCUAAGGGUUGUGGGUUUGGAGAAGAUAUCACUGUACUUGCAGUCCCAGAAAAAUGUUAUAACACAGAAAAUUGAAGCUAAUGAACUCCCCUGGACCCAUGAAUCCUACGAGACUUUAGACAGAGGCGUCAACUAUGCAAUAACACUAAUGCAGGACCUAAAGAACGCAUGGUACAGCGUCCUACCCUCACGUAUGUACGAGCUGACAAUGUGCACACUUGUCCAAGCACUGUGCCACUCCAUGUUGGGCCGGGUGUUUGCCGACACGAAGCCUAUCUGUGAGGACUUAGUGUACAUGCUGGCAGUCAGAUUUGAGGAUACCAUUACUGAAAUUUCAACUUUAUUUGAGGAACCCAUAAAGUUCGAUAUCAAAGUAGAUGUGUGGAGUAAAUUCGAAAAGAUGCCGAUACUUCUGAAGGCGCAAAUGCUUGAAAUAGCUGACCUAUGGUGCCGGAACAAGGAACUGUCCCAUAGCUACGCCUGCGAAGAAAUAAGACUCAUAGCGGCAUUCCUGAUCACAGCGUUAGCGAUCGUCUUCAAUGGCCAAGUUGUGGGCGCGCAAAAUGUCACCAACGCGGACCAGGUGGCAGUGGAGGCGAGGAAUAAGGCGGUCACCAUUGUAGAGGGGCCCAAGCAGGAAAAACCACCUCAGCCAAUCCAGCCCGCUAAAGCGAACCAGACAAACAGCCCAGAACUGAGGCCCCCGAGCAAACCGCCCAUACACGUCGCACCGAACAAGAAGAUCUUGCACGACGUCCCCAAACAUUACUAUAACCCAGCGCAGAAGCACCAAGCCCCACCGCUCCACCGCCUCUACACCAAAGACCAGCUAAAGCAGUUGAAUUCAGUUUACAAGCACCCCAACCAGAGGCCAAUGCAGCGUGGCAACUACUACAGCAAGCCACCGCCCCGACAGCCGCUCAUCUUUGCCGCGUCCACCGGCAAACCGACAGUAGCAAAGAGCCCCAAGUUCAGCAUACCCGUGCAGACCAUCAACGGCAUACGCACCGACUUUGUGCGACCGCCACACUUUACUAACUUCACCACUACGACCACUACCCAAACACCGACGACCACGCGGAAAAUCCUGCGAACGAAACGGAUAUGGCCGAAGAGGAUUCUACAAAAGAUGAAUGUUACCUCACAAAAUUCUUCAGACACAACCGAUAAACUCGGAAGUGACAGAUCAGAUACAAAUGGAACGGACUUGGUUUUAUCCCCAAGUCCUCUGCGAAUCAAUUUCAAUGACAAAUUUGUAACUUCAACUACUCCUCAAAUAACGACUAGAGGUUAUCGUAGAGUCACCAGGACAUCAAAAGUGAAAUACACAACACCAGCUACGUUCAACAAUAUAGAACCAAACGAUUGGGUGCCAAUCUUGCCUUCGCACUACGCUAAUCGGAAAACAUCUCAAACUCCUAUGAGCAGACGUUCGGAUAUAUAUCUCGACAGUCAAGGCCAGGAAUCGAAUGCGAAAAACUUGUUAUACCUCCAGUCAUACGGUCUGCUCCCAGUGAGUUCGGAACAGAAUAUUGGUGCAAGCGUACCAAGGAAGAACAUGGUUUUGUUUCGUAAAAAGAAGAGACAGCCAAACCACUACGCGUACCCUUCCACGCCCAAUCACUACAAUAUUCCCGCAGAGCACAGACCCAAAGCAACUUACAACACACCAUCGGCGCACGCACCCGGGUCGUACCUCUCUCCUCCUCUGAAUUACGAUAAUCUGCAACCAGAAGAGAGCAAACAGGCCCCGGUCUCGAAGGUCAAGCAUCACCAUCACCAUCAUCAUCACCGGUAUGUAAAAACUGUGGAGAAGCCUGUCAAGGUACCCUAUAAAGUUGAGGUGCCAAAACCGUACCCAGUAGAAAAGAAAGUUCCGGUACCGGUGCCCGUGGAAAAGGUCAAAGUUGUGGAUAGGCCCUAUCCUGUGCAAGUAGAGAAAAAAGUUCCGUAUCCCGUCACCGUUAGAGUUCCUCAACCUAUUCCCGUCAAGGUAGUAGAGAAAGAGUACGUGCCUAAACCGUAUCCCGUAGUCCACCAUGUGCCGGUUGUGAAACAUGUACAAGUGAAAGUCCCGCACCCCGUGCCAGUACAAGUAGAGAAGAAAGUUCCUUAUCCCGUACGUGUCCCUGUAACUGUCGAGAAAAGAGUUCCUUAUCCAUUCCCAGUCGAGAAGCAAGUUCCUUAUCCAGUUCCUUACAAAGUCUACGUACCCCAACCUUACCCAGUAGAAAAGAGAGUUCCCUAUCCGGUCGAGGUUAAAGUAAGAGAACCUGUAGAAGUUAUAAGACACAUAAAAGUACCCGUACUGCGACCUUAUGCCGUAAAAGUUCCCCAACCUAUACCUAUAACGAUUGAGAAAAGAGUUCCUUAUCCGAUCAGAGUAGAAAAGAAAGUCCCCUACCCAGUCGAAGUUUACGUUCCUCAAAAGAUCCAUAUAGAGAAAAAAGUUCCUGUUUACAUUCCUAAACCGUAUCCCGUAGAGAAGAGAGUUCCUUAUCCUGUUAAAGUCCCAUACCCAGUAAAAGUACCCGUAAAAGUGCCCGUCGAAGUACCCGUUCAAGUGCCUGUGUAUAUCCACCAUCCUUUUCAGAUCUUAAACCAGCAGGAGGCCGCGUCCGGGAGCGAGAAUCAGUACUACAAUUCUCAGUAUGGAGCUGGGGCGUCCGAAAGCCCGUAUUACAACGACGGCGCAUCAGAAAGUUCAUAUUAUGGAGACGAAGAGGCCGACAGGAUUGGACGUUCUGGUUCCGAAAGCGUAACAACUUCUCCGCUCCACUCUGCAGUAACUGUUCAUGGAAAUACUGGAUACAAUGGCGUUAUAUCGCGAUCAGACAGCGAGUCAACAACGAUACACUCUGUAGCAACCACUACGUCUGCCAAAACGUAGUGAGAACUACCAAAG